GGGGAAAUAAAGAAGCAGUGGAGGUCAAGGCGGGAUUUUUGAUGAUUAUCUGUAUCCCAUCUUACCCCGAAACCCAAUCCAUACAUCCAGUUUCAUGAAUAAAGCUUGCAUGCCCAUGGGCACGUGUGUUAGGUAAGCCCGUUGUGGUUCUUUCUUGAUGCGCUAACACCGUUUUUGUGGACGUUGUCUCAUCGGGGCAGCGUCCCAAGCCACUGGAUCCUAGCGGCCGGGGUUGCUUUCUGGCGCCCUCGCUUUACACUACCUCAUCACUUCAGUAUCUGAAGAUAUUGUUCAGCCUCAGGGCGCCAAAAUCUGUUGUACAGAGGACAGCCCUCCUCUCUCUGCGGUGCUUCUUUCAUGCAGCUCGCCUACCUUAUAUGCUAUCCCAACGGGCACUACGCUGUCUGCACAUAUGGUUUUGUCCUUACACCGGCGCUAUUUCUCCGUGUUUGCCUCGCUCGGCCUCUAUUCCACACAAGCAUCAAGGACGCACGACAGAUGCGACGGAAAGCAAAUGAUAGGCCAUCUCCUUCUCGAGGGGCAAAAGAGCCCUAUUGUUUUCCUUUCCCCGGUUAAACGCUCCCCCAUAGCAACUACUAGCUGCAUGUGUCUGGUGGAAAGGAAAACGCCCCAGCCGUUUGGUGCUAUGGUGCCUUGCAGCGUAAGGCGUCUCGAGCUGCUUGUUGAUCAUGAGGCAUAAGAGUUCACAAUGAUUAAGACUGUCGAAACAACAUAGGACCAACAAAAAUUAGCAUCUCGGACCCGGACGGGAGGCCUGAGAUCGAGGUCACUCCCGGGCCAACGAUGAUCGACUCUCACCCGUGCCGUGAGGCUCAGUUUCAUGACGACAAAUCCGAGAACAAAAUAGCAGUGCUGCCCGGUGAAGAUGGCCUCCUCUUAUAUGACGGACUCGGAUAGGUUGUGUUCCUCCGGGUCGAUUGCAGACUGCAAGGCGACCCACGAGACCAGGCCAAGCACUCCUCUCAAGCCCCUUUUCCCGCGAGGCCGUGGUAGAAUGUGGCAAUGCGGUUGCUACCUUGGUCACCUUUUGCUCACAUCCAAGAAAAGACCGAGACAUUGACGCGCAGUGCGGCACUCACAACGGCACGCGACUGGACGACAUUACACCCACAAUGUGUAUUGGUGUGUAGCGCCGCCAUCCGAUACAUGACCGAACCCCGGUUUUGUAAGCGCCAGUUGGUUCCUCGGCCUGGCCCAUCUCAGCCUAUCAGAUGCCGCCUCCUGCAACCUCACCUCUGGCCGCUACGCACCACUAGGUCAGCGCAAACUCAGCCGAAGUGAGAAAGACGGACCUGCCAGAUGAUGUCUCUUUUGCCUACUACUGUGUACUGCAUGUACUCUUGAGACUUGCUGUGGGAACGGGAACAUAUGUAAAGAUGGCCACCGCCGUUCGCGCCGUUGGUGUCCAACACUUUUCCCCUUCCAUUCCCUUCCUCACCUUGGGUCCCGUCAUGGACUUUUCUCAUCCUUCAUCUUUCCUUUGUUUUUCUGGGUCACGGUAGUUGACGUGUUACGCUGGUCGCUGGUCGUCAUUCGUUUCUUCCCUUGUGAGGCGGGAAUGAGAAGCUCUCAUUCUCUGUAACAUCCGUUUUUCUACAACCUUCAGUACCACAAUCUACAUCAUGGGUGCCUCGUGGUUUAGCUCUGUUACACUCUGCUGCGGCGCUGAGGACAAGGAGGAGGAUCGCCCGAGCACCGCAGAAAGGAAGAUCGUCGUGCUGCGAGAUCAACCUGCUCCCAUUCAAGCACCAACAGCAGGGCCACAGUGGCCCAGCGAGAAGACAUACGAAAGGACGUUGGAGAGGGAAAGGGACCAUAGCCGCGGGCGCAGGUACAGCCGGGAUAAUGCUUCCAUGAGAAACUGGUUUUCGAAGCCCGCAUCAUCAUCAACUUCAUCAUCGACUCGCCGGCUCCAAAUUUCGGGCCCAACAAACUUUCGACAUCUAACUGCCGAGUCGUUCCAAUAUCCGACACCAACACCACCGCCAGCUCCUCGUCAGCGGGUUCGUUCAUUUCGGCCACUCGAGCUCAGUAUCUACGCACCAAAGAACCGACUUACGCCCAUCCUACCUCACCUCGAGCGUGGAGAGAAUUUCAUCACACCACCGCCGCGUGCUCACACGGCCAAUAGCUCACGGUGGGAUGCCAGUAGCACAACAACAGUUGGUGCCCCAGAACGGAGUUACUCAGUCAUGUCUUUUCACAUUCCGCGGAAGCACGUUCGUCAAAGCUCUGCCGGAUCCGAUGUGUCUACCAUCAUGACAGCGCCGAGAAUCCCACCCAAGUCCAGAGCUCGUGCUUCCACGGCCCCCAAUACCGAGAGAAUCGUGGCGCGCAUCGCCAGCGCCCUGGUAGAGAAGGAACGGCUGCAGGCGGAAAUCAACUCGGUUGUUGAGAGACAGAGUAUUUACCUGGGCAGCAGGCCAUCAACGGCUAUCGAUCCGAAGGACUUGUAUCCGCUUCCUUCCAUUCCUGCGAUGCCCGCUGCUGCUCCAUCAUUUGCCGAGAGACUGAGCACCGAUCGGCCUAGCACCGCGCCUGCAAACACCGGCACCAACCUUUAUACACAGAGAAAAACCAUGGAGUUGGCCCAAGCGGCCUUUAACUCCCACCCACCACAUACCCCUUAUAGCCCCUCCCGUUACGAUGAUGAGGAGGUUACCGGCAACAACAACAACAACAACCACGACCAAACUGACUACAGCUAUCUCGACCGACCUCUGGCGCCACCCCUUCCCCUUAUUCUCCGCCCUCCCCUUCGCAAGAAGAAGUCCUUCUCCCGCGUUUCUAGCUGGCUAUUCAACCCGGACGAGCAGCACAACUUCCAAAAGCCCGCGACCAGAGAAGGAAGCAUCGAUGAGUCAACCCUGGUCACCACCAGUCCCCGCCCGAUCAAGGAGACGGAUGGUUUCUACCAGUGCGUCGCCCCCCCCGAGGGCCUGCCGCGAACAAGUAUGGAGACUUCCAGCUCAGUCUACACAUACGAGACAACUUCCGAGGAAGAAGAUACCAAGACUGCCCCCACCACAAACUGGUCACCUGGCUCCAGCCCGAGGGUGAAGCAGACACAGACGCCAAAGCAGACACCCCCGCUCAGUCAACGGGUGAGGUUUGCGGUGGAGGACAUUGAGGAGAAGGAAGCCAAGUCGAGGACAUUCCAACCUAGCCCACCACCCCCGAAGAUGAAGAUGGAGAAGGGUAUUGCGCCUGCGGUUGGGCUGGGGGUUCCGAUGGGGAUGGAGGGACACAGGCCGUUGAGUGUGGGUGUUGCGUUCUGAGGCUUGGGGAUUUUUAUUGCAUCGGUUCAAUUCACAUUUGCAUUUGGACAUUACAGCAUAGGCAACUUUUUGGGGGGAGGCCAGAGCCUGGGAGACCUUUUGGAAUACUUUGUAAUGGGUGGUUUUGACAACAAAAAAAGGGGUUUUAAUGGGGGAUGAUUGAUUCCAUUGUAUUACUAUCUUGAACUCUAUGAUACCAUUCUUGUUUUUCUCUGUUUGUGAUAUUAGGUAUAGUUUGUUAGGUAGCAUUUUUGACCGCACCUUGAGGGCUGGAUCUGGAAAUCCGAGAAGACGGUGUAAUUUCCCUAGACGCUGUUGUUACAAUAAUUUUGUGUGAUGCAAGAACAGACGCCUGCGUCAAUAUCAGACACUUUUGGG